AGUAAACCAGGUAACCGACGGAUCGGAUUUUAAGAGUUCCCCGUUUCCUAAGAUAUCGGGUGUUCAAGUUCGUGUUCUUAUGGAUCCCAAGGUGAUUCCAAUCUUUCAACCGUUGAGGCGAGUGCCUAUUCACCUUGAAGCAGCAGUGACAGAGAAGCUAGACGAGCUUCUUAGACAAGACAUAAUCGAAACCAAGAAAGGACCGGCGACAUGGGUUUCGCAGCUUGUAGUCGCGAAUAAGGCGAACGGAUCGAUAAGGUUGUGCGUGGAUCUACGUCGUGUCAACCAGGCGGUCAUCCGUGAUCGGCAUCCGAUGCCUGUUAUUGAAGACGUUUUAGCCAGGAUUGGAAGAGGAAAGAUUUGGAGUGUGUUGGAUGUUAUGGAUGCGUUUUUUCUGUUAGAGCUGGACGAAGAAACAAGAAAUGUUAUGACGUUUAUCACUCAUCGUGGACUUUACCGCUUCAAACGUCUUCCUUUCGGUCUUGUGUCUGCUCCGGAGAUUUUUCAACGGACUAUGGACGAAAUAUUAGCGGACUGUGAGGGCGCCUAUUGCUACCUUGACGAUGUAGGUGUCGAAGGAAGUACGGUUGAAGAACACGAUAUUCGUUUGAAUAAGUGUAAUAUCGCCGAUGUGAUGUCACGACUGUCCACUGCAUCUCCGAUGCCCUUUGACAAAGCAGAAGAGUUUGUGGUUCGAGAGAUUGUUUCAGCUGCUGCUCAAACAAUCGCCCUGACAUGGCAAGAAAUCGAAAUAGCUAGUAAGGAAGAUGAUGAGAUUCAACAAGUUAUCGAAGCACUUAUUUCGGAAACCACAGAUGAUUUGCCGUUAAGUUAUAAGACGAUAUUCACAGAGCUGUGUAGCGUGAAUAAUGUGUUGGUAAGGGGAGAUCGGAUUGUUAUUCCACAAAGGCUUCAACAACGCGUCUUGCACCUGGCUCACGAAGGUCAUCCGGGCAUGCGCAUGAUGAAGGGACAUUUACGCGCUAACGUGUGGUGGCCAAAAAUGGAUCAACAUAUUGAACAAUUUGUCAAAGCCUGUCGAGGAUGCACGUUGGUUUCCGCUCCUGGUCCACCAGAACCAAUGGUCCGAAAGGAACUCCCGUCGUGA